AUGCUUUAUGCAUAUUCUUCGAAAUCAAUAAAUGCAACAAUUGAUAAUUGUUCAAUUUGUUUGAGUGCUUUAAUAGGAGGCACACCUCGUCUCAUUCUAUCAUGUAAUCAUAAGUUUCAUUUUCAAUGCUUAGCAUCCAGCAUACGUGCACAAAAUAAUCAAUGUCCUCUAUGUCGAGCAGCAAUCGAUGCAUCGAUUACUCAAUUAUUAUCAGCAAAUCGCAGUGAUCAACAACAACAAAGGCAAAUAUAUAUGAAUCCAAGUCGCAUAAGAUUACACAAUAAUUACCAAUAUCACACUCGAUCUCGACAUAUUCCUCAUGCGACAGAAAAUGCAGAUAAUGGGAGAGCUGUUUCUACACUUUCUACGUCUGUGGCUACUCCUCGACAGACUACUGCAUUGUCAAACUCGUCUCAUUCUUCUACAAUAAAUGUUUCUACAAAACUAGAAUUCAAAGGACAACUAUCUCAAAGAGAAUCGAAUAUUUAUGGACUCGUGACUCUUCAAGCACCUUUUACUCGUCAAUCAUCAUCAUCAUUGUCUCGUGUUCCAAUUGACCUUAUUUGUGUUGUUGAUCAAAGCGCAUCAAUGUCGGGUGCUAAAAUGAUUUUAUUAAAAGAAACAUUAAUAUAUAUUACUGAACAAUUGACUGAUUUUGAUCGAUUGGCUAUUAUCUCAUUUGAUAAUCAUGCUUAUGAUCGAUCUCAUGGACUGAAACCAAUGACUCAAGAAAAUAAACACAAAUUAAAUGUAGCAAUUAAUGAUGGUAUCCAAGAUGGAUUUAGUACGAAUAUCGGGUGUGGUUUAGAAAUGGGUAUUGAACUGUUUAGACAACGUCAAACACGAAAUCCAGUGAGUGCUUUAUUUUUACUUACCGAUGGACAAGAUGAUGAAAUACAUGAUUAUUCUCAUAUUAUGAGACGAUUACCUACAAAUGUAGUUUGUCAUACCUUCGGCUAUGGAUCAGAUCAUGCAACAUCUUUAUUAGUACAACUAGCUGAACAAGGCAAUGGCGGUACUUUCACUCACAUUGAUAAACAUGAAGCUGUAGGUCCAGCAUUUGCUAUGGCAUUGGCUGGUUUAUUAACAUGUAUAGCACAACAUAUACGUGUUCAUAUUGAAUUCUAUGGCGAUUAUCAAGUAACACAUGCUCAUUCUAUAUAUGCAUAUGAACCUGAACGACUGCCCUCCUCAAAGAUCAUCUUCAAGUUAAACGAUCUCAAUGCUGACGAAAAACGAAAUCUUAUUUUUCAGUUAUAUGUACCUAAAAUGAAAGAUAGAUCUUCGUCACACAAUCAAUAUCGAGAACAGCAGCACUAUGCUCAAAAUCAUACCAUCGGACAUGUCUCAGUCGUAUAUACUGAUCCAAAUAGUCGUCAAAGAUUUACUACAACAUCUGUUCCUUUCCAUCUUAUUCGAAAUUCAACUCUGCCUUCCGAUCAUCUUCAAGUUAGUUAUACAAUUGAUCUUCAACGAAAUCGAAUAGAAACAGCUCUUAUAUUAAAACAAGCUAUGGAUGAACAAAAUUAUAGUCGAUCAAUGGCUAUACUUAGAGCUCAAGUUGAAAAAAUAAAGGCUAGUGUAUCGGCUCAAGAUCUAUUUUGUCAACAAUUAAUCAGAGAUCUUGAAUAUCGAUAUCCAACUGAACAUGGUUAUCGUUCAACAUAUCACAAUAUCUACAGACAACAUGCAACUGAACGUGGUACGUAUUCAAGUUCAACAAGUACCAGUGCACAAAUUUAUGGAAGUGUAUAUCAACGACGUCAAAUGGCUCAUUAUCAAAAACAAUAUGAAUAA